CGCGCGUUGAUUGGCCAGGCCCGCGAUGACGCCACUCGCUGCGGAGCCGCGGGCUGAGGCAGCAGGGUGGUUGCUCUGUUGAGGUCUGGGCGCGGGGGCGGAGACGCUGCUCACACUCAUGAGGAACCGGAAGCUCACAGGGGCAGUGCGAUCUUCAGCGCGCCUGAGAGCCCGGAGCUGCUCUGCAGACAUCGUGACCCCUGCCCAGGACAUCGCCGGCUCCACACCCCCCAAGACAGCAUGCCUGGUGAGCUUUGUACCACAGAGGGACCCAGCACUGUCACGCCGAGCUGUGCUAGUGGCUUAUAAAGUUCUGCCAGUCACCUUAAUAUCUGCUGAGCAUGUAGGGCACAGCGGGCCCUACCUGGCGAGUAAAGAGAAGAUCGCCGCCUUCGUGAAGCUUGCUUCCUGUCCAGAGGGAAUACAGUCCUUCAACAGGCGAACUUCAAAGAAGUUCAAGUAUGACAAAGAUCACCUCGUGAAGGCAGAAGUACAGAAACUCGUCUCCAAAGGCAACAAGGCUGCCUUCCCCAAAGUGGUGCCCGGGGCCCCUUGUCAGGACACGGCUGCAGAAGAGGAUGCACUGCUCCCGGGCAGGGACACUGCCGUCCCUGCUCACCAGGAGGCUGCAGCUCACUCUCACACAGGCCGCCAGUGCCUGAGUGACACUGUCCCAGCUAAGACUGAAGGUGGCCCAUCCCCACUGGAGCCCUGUACCAGUGCGGCGGCAGAGGAGUCGGAACGAAGCUCUGGGGGGCCAGAGGAAUCCGCGCUGACCACUGGGGAGACGCGGGUGCCGCUGCUUCAGAUAGACAGCAGCGUCUUUCUGGACGAGGACAGCAAUCAGCCCCUGCCCGUGAGCCGGUUCUUCGGAAACGUGGAGUUCAUGCAGGACCUGCCACCGGCCUCGUCGUCCUGUCCUUCCAUGAGCAGACGGGAAUUCAGGAAGAUGCACUUCAGAGCCAAGGAGGACGAGGAGGACGAAGGCGCAGAGAUGUAGAGGGCCGACGGGGGUGGGGCUGCGGGUCACUGCAGCCGGCAACUGCAAGGGUGGUCUGGUGGGUCAUGAAGUUUAUAUAAAAUGCGUCUCCAGAGAAUGUGUCCUUGCUGGACUGGGACGGUGACCUGUGCACGUGGGCGGCUCACGUCGCCGGGCGCCUGGGGGAGGCUUCGUCGCGGCACCGUGAGCUGCUGUCACGCUGCCCGGAGUGGGCCAGCAGGGCAUGGGCUAGCAAGCGAUCUGUAAGGCAGGCCCCGCUGCCGCCGCUCGGGACGUAGAGCUUACGCAGGCUGGUGGCCGUCAUCGCGAGCGGAUGGACCUGAAGAUUCAUUCCGGGCCAGUCCCUGAAGGGCUCAGCUAUGUGUGAAUGUGAAACCGCCCGCCUUGACAGUUUUGCCAAACACACGGGGAAA